AUGCUCAUCCAACAUUUCUUACCAAUGUCUCUAGUUCUACCAUUAGUGCAUUCUCAGCCCCCGAUUGCCUUUGCCCAGGAUGUGCCACAAACGCCUAUCGCUUCCUCAGAGCCGCUGAGUGUCUUCGCCCAUUUUCUGGUUGGAGUUGCAGGGUCCAUGUCACCGGCCGAGUGGGAGCACAAUAUCAUCGCAGCCCAGGAAGCUCACAUAGACGGAUUCGCCCUAAACAUCGCUCCGCAAGACGAUUACACCGACCAGGUCCUGCAGACAGCUUAUGAAGCUGCGGAGAGAAUAGGCGACUUCUCACUUUUCAUCUCAUUCGACUAUGAAUCCGGGGGCGCAUGGCCCGUAGAUCGGGUCAUCAGCACAAUCAACAGGUACAAGGGCAGGCCAGCCCAGUAUCUUUACAAGGGAAAACCAUUGGUAUCCACCUUUGAGGGCUCGAAGAGCUCAGAUGACUGGCCAGCCAUAAAACAAGCUACGGGCUGCGUGUUUGUUCCGUCGUGGACGAGUCUCUCCCCUUCGCGACUUUACACUGUUCACGGUACAAUUGACGGUGCCUUCAGCUGGGACGCUUGGCCGGUUGGAGCACAAGAGAAGGAUACGUCAAGCGACAAGGCAUGGAUGAAUGCGCUUUCUGGCAAGCCGUACAUGAUGGCUGUUUCUCCGUGGUUCUACACGAACCUUCCCCAGUGGAAUAAGAACUGGCUGUGGCGUGGCGAUGAUUUGUGGCACUACCGCUGGCAACAAGUAAUUGACUUGCAGCCGGCAAUGGUUCAGAUUCUUAGCUGGAACGACUACGGAGAAGCGCAUUACAUCGGACCCAUCUACGAGCCAGGAAUUCCAGAAGGUGCAUCAUGGUUCGUGAAAGGAUGUCCCCACGACGCUUGGCGGGAAUUUCUACCUCAUUAUAUCGACGCCUAUCGUCGACGGAGUGCAAUGUUCCGCGAACGCGCGUCGAAUCCCGCCACGAUCGUGUAUUGGUAUCGACUUAACCCGAGUCACUCCGGAAGCGCUGAUGGCACGACGGGGAAUAACCCGAAUAUGGGCCAGCCUGGAUUGGAUCCGGGAGAAGUGUCGCAGGAUCGAGUGUUUGUCAGUGUGCUGGUCACGGAGCCGAGCCAGGUGCAUAUUCAGAUUGGGCCUGCAGCAUCUAGAGUCUUGAUUGCAAAGGAGUCCGGAGUAAAUCACUAUUCCGUGCCUUUCGACGGACAUUCAGGGCCGGUGAGGAUUGCGAUUGUCCGACAUGGUAGAGAAGUUAAGACCGCAACAGGGCCUGCUAUAACGGAAGAGUGCACGGACGGUAAAGUAAAUUGGAAUGCAUUUGUAGGAUCAAGUUAA